UUCACUCUCGCCAUGUUUUAUUUCAUGAAUCUAUUUUUCCCUUUAAAAAUUCCUCUAAUUCUACUGAUUUUAAUAAAUUUCAUCCAUUUUCUAACAUGUCCCCAUCUCUCCCCCAAACUCUUAAUCACAUGCCAAUCUCGCCACAUUGUUCCGAGCAAGUCACGUACCAUGGUGUCCUUCACGAGCCCGUGCCAUCGUCAGAACCUGCUCAUGCAUCCCAGGUACUUCCAGUUCCCUUAUCCUCACCAAUCUCAUCACCUAGUCCUCGUACCCUUCCCCCUCCCACACUCCCUGGCUCACCUUCCUUGUCUCCCUCCUCUUCCUCAACCCUCUCCAAUUCAUCUAGCCCAUCCACCUCAUCCGGUUCUCCCAACCCUCCCUUGGCCCCAACCCACCCUCUUCGAACACACCCUAUGGUUACCCGAGCCCAAAACAACAUUUUCAAACCCAAGCAACUCUUCCACACCACUCCUACCCUUGCUACCACCUCCUUGAAGCCCACCUGUGUAUCCCAAGCCUUGAAAGAACCUGUUUGGAGACAAGCCAUGUCGGAAGAGUUUACUGCAUUGGUUCGGCAAGGUACUUGGGAACUGGUGCCCCCAACUCCUGAUCAGCAUCUUAUUGGUUGUAAAUGGGUCUUUCGUGUUAAACGAGGCAAAGAUGGCAGUAUUGAGCACUAUAAGGCGCGUCUUGUGGCCAAAGGUUUUCAUCAACGGCCUGGUUUUGAUUAUUUUAACACUUUCAGUCCAGUUAUUAAACCAACAACUAUUCGGACUAUUCUAUCUCUUGCUGACUCUACUCGGCUUUACUUCCUUGUGUAUGUUGAUGAUAUUCUUCUCAUAGGGAAUGACUCCGGUCUACUUCGUUCUCUAGUGCACAAAAUGGGGCAAUGCUUUUCUCUCAAAGAUCUUGGCCCUCUCACCUUCUUUUUGGGCAUUGAGGUUAUUCAGACACAUGCUAGGUUAUUGCUCUCUCAACACAAGUAUAUUCUUGAUAUUCUGUGUCGAGCUAACAUGGAUGAUGCGAAGCCCGUCUCCACGCCACUUCCUUCCAGUGCAAAUUUGAGUUCUUUGGCAGGUUCAGCUCUUUCAAAUGGCUCUGAGUAUCGACGUAUCUUGGGUUCUCUUCAAUAUCUUACUCUUACUUGGCCGGAUAUUUCCUUUGCUCCAUCUCUGUCACUCCAUGCCUAUUCUGAUUCCGACUGGGUCGGUGAUCGGGACUCCUCUAUCUCCACCACUGGUUAUGUUGUUUUUUUGGGUUCUAAUCCAAUCUCGUGGCGGGCUAGUAAACAGCGUGCGGUUGCGCGCAGUUCCACUGAAGCGAAAUAUCGUGCUCUAGCUGCCACUACUUCUAAGUUGAUUUGGGUUCGCAAUCUCCUCUCUGAAUUGGGUGUCUUUCAUAUUGCCAUCGAUCUUCACUUUGUUCGGGACCUUGUGGAUCGCGGCUUCCUGCAUGUAUCUCACAUCUCUACCCGUGAUCAGUUCGCAGAUGGUUUUACUAAGCCCCUUUCCUCUGCUCGGUUUUGCUUGUUACGCUCCAAGCUCGGCAUCGUUGAUAGCUCUUCCGUCUUGCGGGGGCGAUAUCAGAUCAAUCCCUCCAGCUCGCAGAAGGAAACCAAAUCUCAUCAUAUCUAUCACUCCACCUCACAGCAGAAGGAAACCAAAUCUCCAUAAUAUAUUAUAUGUAUAUUGUAUUUAAUUGUAGUUUCCUUAUUUCCUAGGUUAGACAAUUCCUGAACUGUAUAUAUAUUGCUCUGUAUUUUCUUAAUAAAACAUAACAGCUUAA